AUGACUAGUAAUGCUAAACUAGACUCUACAUAUCUUCAUACUAAUGGAAAUGCUAAUCUACCAGACCAUGUAAAUGCUAAUGGAGAGCAGAUGCCUAUAGCUGCCUCAAGCAUGAUUCGUUCCCAUAGUGUAUCCGAUGACCUGCAUGGCGUUCAACCUGAUCCUAUAGCAGCUGAUAUUCUUAGGAAAGAGCCAGAGCAUGAAACUUUUAGUAUGCAAAGUAAUUAUCUAAGGAUUGCAUCUUAUCAAAAAAAAAUAAGACUUGUGUUGGGAGAAAAAUGUUCAAGCUACAUUCUGCAGGCUACAUCAGCCAAGUUGGUUAGUCAGAUACUUGGUUUUCAGGCAAUCGAGGUAAAUGCUAGUGACAACGGUGGACAGGAUGAUGCCAAAGUCGAGAAAGGAAUAGGUGGAAGUACAUCAAAUUCUAUAAAGGAACUUGUUAAUAAUGAAGCUCUGAGCGUUAAUAUGGAUUAG